CCCUCACUUGUAGCGUGGAAUUACACGAUACUGGUCUUUUGGAGCGAUCGUUGAACAAUCAACUACGUCACAGUGCUGAACAAGAAACGAAUUUUACCUUGCUUUAAAUUUGUGUCGUUUUCAUACAUAAUCUAUAAGAUUGUGUAGGUUGUGUAGGUGAUCCAUGAAAGCAGAAGCCGGUUGCGUACAAUUGUGCAAAUUAGCAAGUGACUUUUAAUAGUGCGAGAACAGGUUUGCCUCAAUUUGGUAAUAUCCUUCCAAGAUGGUGGAGCCAACAGGAUUAAGUGAUAACGAAGCUCAGGAUCUUUGUAAAGAACCUGAUCCUGAGACCAAAGAUUUUAUUAUGCAACAGACGAUGUAUCGUAUUAAAGAUCCCAGGAAGUCUUUGCCUUUUUAUACUAAAGUACUUGGGAUGCGUUUGCUGCAAAAGUUAGAUUUUCCUGAAAUGAAGUUUUCUUUGUAUUUUCUUGGAUAUGAGAACAAAGAUGAUAUACCCACGGACAGAAGGAAAAGCAUCGAAUGGACAUUCUCCAGAAAAGCAACUAUAGAGCUUACUCACAACUGGGGAACUGAAUCCGAUUCAGAUGUAAGUUAUCACAAUGGAAACACUGAACCUAGAGGUUUUGGCCACAUUGGAAUCGCAGUACAGGAUGUUGAUAAAACUUGUGAAAGAUUUGAACAGUUGGGAGUCGAGUUCAUUAAACGACCAACAGAUGGGAAAAUGAAGGGAAUUGCUUUUAUAAAAGAUCCGGAUGGCUAUUGGAUUGAAAUUCUGAGUCCAAACAAUAUGGGAAAUAUAAUAAUUAAGUGAAAGUACAGGUUGUAAUGAAGAAAAUGUACGUGUCGUAUAUAUAAAAUGUAAAUGAACAAAGGAAGUUAUUUUUUACGUGUGUGAUAUUUUUAUUGACUAAAAUAAAAAUGUAUAAUUUGCAGACAAA